AUGAUUGUCUAUGAAAUCACUUCAGAGGAGACACAGGAAGUUCAAAACAGUGAUAAAGAAAAUCAAGAAGUGUCUCAUUUAGAAGGUCCAGAGGCCAGUAGUCAUCAGGCGGAGGAGGGGAGCAAGUUAAAUACAUCCCCUUUGUGCACACUAAAAUCAAGUGCUCUGAGAACUCCAGAAGAUAAAGAAAAUCAAAUAGCGCAUCGUUUAGAAGUACAUCCCUUUUGCGCACACCAAAAUCAAUGAAGACCGACUGCUCAAAAAAAGGGGUGCUAUUUGCACAAAAAUGAAAAAAUGGGUCGAAUCCAAAAAAUCAUUGGAAGAUUCUAAAGAAAAAUGCCUUUUGGAUUAAUCUGAAAUGAAAAAACAGCUACUGAUGAAAGAAAACAAAAAUAAACUGGAAAUAAUGCAACUAGAGUAUGAAGAGAGAAAAAAGAGGGAAGAUGAGGUACAUAACAUUAAAAUGGAAAUGUUAAAUAUGGAAAAACAGUAUCUGUUAAAUAAAUAUAAAAUUUGAUUUUCUUAAUCUUGCCA